AUGUCACCUUAUCUCCCAACCCCAUCACCACUCUUCCGCCUCCUAACACCUCUCCUCCAAUCCUUCAGAUCCAUCACCCUCCCCUCAAUUAGCUCAACAACACCCCUAAGAACCUUCAGCAGCACUCCCUCUCUGCACAAAAAGAACCCUAACAGCAAAACUGAUCCUCGAGUAACCCUCAUCCGCUACCAUCUCCAACAUCCUAAGACUCCUCGCCCACUGCGUUUUUCACGUACGCGCGCGUUGAGACAUUGGACUAUUCAUCGAGCAUGGAUGAUACUAAGACGGAAGAAGAGGACUGAGGAGGAGGGAGAAUUAUACAGACUCCACCAAUCAAUGCACAACGCUAUGGAAGACCUCCGGCUGCUCGAAGGCGCUGGCCAAAAAGAAGCUGGUAGACUAUACCGCGUAGCCCUCGAGAAAAAAGGAAUUUUCGGAAAAGAUGGAAUUCCAAUUGAGAUUUGUACAGUGAAUAUGGAAGAGAACUUUGAGAGAUAG